AUGAUGGCCAAACCAUCAUCUCUUGUUGAUUUUCUACCUCUUCUUAUUUUUUUUGUCAUCUCUGCUUGUUUCAUUUAUACUCGCAGCCGACGCCGACGUGGUCGAAAAGCCAUCCCGCCAGGCCCACCACAGAUUCCGUUGGUCGGAAACUUAUUUCAGUUGGGAGGGAUUUUCCACCGGACAUUAGCAAAACUGGCUCAAAUAUACGGGCCGAUCAUGACCAUCAAAAUAUUAAGCAAGACCAUCGUGAUCAUAUCAUCCCCGGAUCUCGCCAAAGAAUUGGUCCGAAAACACGACCAUACCUUCACGGCAAGACAAGUCCUGGAUUCAUUCCGAGCAUUGGAUCACCACAAAUACUCCAUUCUCUUCUUGCCUGCUGACAAACAAUGGCGCCGUCUUCGUAAACUUUGCACGGAACAAAUGUUUUCCAACGAGAGACUGAAUGCGAGUCAAGGACUCCGUCAGGAAAAGGUGCAACAACUGCGUGAUCACAUCUACCAUUGUUGCAAAACCGGUGAAACGGUGAAUAUCAGGGCGGUCGCCUUCACCACGGCUCUGAAUCUCAUGUCCUACACGCUGUUCUCUGUUGAUUUUGCUAAUUACGAUUCCGACGCGUCUCACGAACUCCAGGAAGCUAUACACGGUGCGGCGAAUCUGUUGGGAGUCCUGAAUCUUGUGGACUAUUAUCCGGUGCUUCGAUGGUUUGAUCCACAGGGUAUAAGGCGCCGAACCAAGUUCCAUUUCGGAAAAUUGCUUCAAGCGUUCGAUGGUAUUAUUAGUCAUAGAUUGAAGGAAAGAGAUUCAUCAAAGAAGAAUGAUUUAUUAGCAGUGCUCCUUGAAAAGUAUCACCAUGGUGAGGCUGAUUGGAGCUACAAUGACAUUAAGCAUUUGAUUCUUUGGAGAAAUCCUUGCUGGGGAAGGAAGAUUGAUGCAGAUGGAUGCAAGUGGAAGACUCUGCAACAGCACACUCAAUUGAGAAGAAGAAUGGUAGUUGCUCUGUUGCCAAGUUGUUACUGCAGUAGCUAUUGCUGCUGUCAAUCAGGAAGAGCCAAGGCAGAAUUCUUGCUGCCAAAGGAAAGCAUUACUUCGCCAUCACUGCAAGUUGAAGAAGAAAAAGUGGGAGCAUAUGUGUGGAAAACAGUAGCUACAACCUGCUACUUACCUGCUGUGACUGCUGCUGCUGAAUUGAUGGAUUGA